AUGAAGAAGCUCGAAUUGAAGCGCCAUUGCAGCUUCCUUGCUUCCAAUAUCAGAGACUCCAUUAACCCAUCACGGAAAGAGUCACUUAUCCUCAAACACUGCAAAGAUGGUGCUCUUCAUGAAGCCCUCUACCUUAUCAACACUUCACAAACAACCCUUCAACUCAAACCAAUCAUCUACGCCUCUCUCCUUCAAACCUGCACCAAAACCACUUCCUUCAACCACGGAACCCAAGUCCAUGCCCAUGUCCUCAAAUCCGGUCUAGAAACCGAUCGGUUCGUAGGGAACAGCUUGCUCGCUCUCUACUUCAAAUUGGGUCCAAAUUUCUAUGAGGCUCGGAGAAUGUUCGAUGGCCUCUUCGUGAAGGACGUUAUCUCUUGGACUUCCAUGAUUUCUGGGUAUGUUCGUGUGGGUGAGCCUCAUAAUUCUCUCCAAUUGUUCUUUGAAAUGGUGGGUCUUGGUGUUGAGCCUAAUGGGUUCACUUUGUCUUCUGUGAUCAAGGCUUGUUCUGAACUUGGGGACUUGAAACUUGGUAGAUGCUUUCAUGGGGUGGUUAUAAAUCGUGGGUUUGAUUCAAAUGAUGUUAUUUUGAGUGCUUUGAUUGAUAUGUAUGGGAGGAAUAGCGGGGUCGAGGAUGCACGCCGAGUGUUUGAUGAAUUGCGUGAACCGGAUGCGGUGUGUUGGACCUCAGUUAUUUCAGCGUUUACGCGGAAUGAUAUGUUUAAGGAAGCUUUGGAGUUCUUUUAUGUUAUGCAUAGGGGUCAUGGGUUGGCUCCGGAUGGAUUUACGUUUGGGACAUUGUUGGCUGCUUGUGCUAAUUUGAGGUGGUUGAGACAGGGCAAAGAGGUGCAUGCCAAAGUUGUUACUUUAGGGAUGUGUGGGAAUGUGGUUGUUGAGAGUAGUCUCUUGGACAUGUAUGGAAAAUGUGGCUCAGUUCGCCACUCUAGGAUUGUUUUUGAUAGGUUGGGCAAUAAGAAUUCAGUGUCUUGGAGUGCUAUGCUUAGUGUGUACUGUCAAAAUGGAGAUUGUGAAACUGUGCUCCAUCUUGUUAGGGAGAAGAGAGUUGCAGAAAUUUACAGCUUCGGGACUAUUCUUCGUGCGUGUUCGGCACUGGCUGCUGUCAGACAAGGGAAAGAGGUUCAUUGCCAGUAUGUAAGAAAGGGUGGUUGGAGAGAUGUUAUAGUAGAGUCAGCCUUGGUUGAUCUGUAUGCAAAAUGUGGGUGCAUUGAUUUUGCUCAUAGAUUGUUCCUGAGUAUGCAGGUUAGAAAUUUGAUAACAUGGAACUCAAUGAUCGGUGGAUUUGCACAGAAUGGAAGAGGGACAGAAGCACUGUCCUUAUUUGAGGACAUGAUCAAAGAGGGGAUGAAGCCUGACUAUAUCACUUUUAUCACUGUCCUAUUUGCUUGUAGUCAUACGGGUUUGGUUGAUGAAGGGAGAAAAUAUUUUGCUUCAAUGACAAGGGAAUAUGGGAUUAAGCCUGGGGUUGAGCAUUACACUUGCAUGAUUGAUCUUCUAGGCCGAGCUGAGCUAAUAGAAGAGGCUGAAAAUUUGUUAGAGAAUGCAGAUUGCAGAUAUGAUCAAUCACUUUGGGCAGUUCUUCUUGGAGCUUGCACAAAAUGUUCAGAUUAUAUCACUGCAGAACGCAUUGCAAGAAAGAUGAUUAAGCUGGAACCUGACUUCCAUUUAAGUUACGUUCUGCUUGGUAACAUUUAUAGAGCAGUUGGUAGAUGGAAUGAUGCUCUGGAGAUCAGGAAGUUGAUGGAAGAUAGAGGGGUUAAGAAGAUGCCUGGCAAGAGCUGGGUUGAAAGUGAAAAUCGAAAGGGUUCUCGGUUUGAUUUGGUCAGGGAUUCGGUUCAAGUCCCAAUUGUUCCAAUUAUAAGAGCUCAAGCGAAGGAACUCAAGGAAGCAUUUAAUGGUUAGACUCAAGAAGUUUGUUCACAAGUCAACAUAUCUCCCAUUGGACAUGGUCCAAGUCUUGAACAAAAAAACAUUAAUUUGAUCCAAAUUGUGAAAAAAUGGAUCCAAGAUCCACCUUAAUAAUACAGUAAUGAUUUGCCCCAUAAUUUGGGGUAAUUUUAGAGCCAUUUUUUAUUAAUAUUUUCAACCUAUACACAGCCGGUUAGUUUU